GCCAUUUUUAUGCCAACACACACACACACACACACUCUAUUUAUAUAUCUUCCCCUCUCGAUAUUUACGGCUUCCCUUUGUAUUGAUCUUCAAAUCGUAGGGUUUUUCUUUAUUUAUUUGUGCUCUUUCUCUCUCUAUUUGGCUCCAAAAUCCUCUCCGUCGCCGGUGUUGAAUCUAUCUGGAUUCGAUUUUUAGGGUUUAUAGAUCUGUUGUUUUCUAUAAAUUCGAAUAUGUUUUGGAAGCUUCCAGUUCUUUCCUCCUGUUCUCCGGUUGAAGCAGUUCUAGACAAGGAAAAUUUCACUUUGGAAGAGCUUCUUGAUGAAGAAGAAAUAAUCCAAGAGUGCAAAGCUUUGAACAGUCGCCUCAUAAAUUUUUUGAGAGAGAGAACACAGGUUGAGCAGUUGCUGCACUACAUUAUUGAAGAACCUUCUGAGGAUGCUGAUAGCAAACGAACAUUUAAGUUCCCUUUCAUUGCAUGUGAGAUAUUUACCUGUGAAAUUGAUGUCAUCCUUAAGACUUUAGUGGAUGACGAAGAGCUAAUGAAUUUGCUCUUUUCCUUUUUGGAACCAACUCGUCCUCAUAGUGCCUUGCUGGCUGGGUAUUUUAGUAAGGUGGUGAUAUGCCUUAUGGUGCGGAAGACUGCUGCACUUAUGAAUUAUGUUCAGUCCCAUCAUGAUGUUUUCCAGCAGAUGGUGGAUUUGAUUGGUAUCACAUCUAUAAUGGAGGUUUUGGUGCGACUUGUAGGAGCUGAUGAUCAUAUGUACCCCAGUACUGUGGAUGUGAUGCAAUGGUUGACUGAAAGCAAUUUAUUAGAAAUGACAGUGGACAAAUUGAGCCCCUCUAGUUCUCCCGAAGUACAUGCUAACGCAGCAGAAUUACUAUGUGCAAUAACCAGAAACACGCCAUCCCCUUUGACCACCAAACUAUCCAGCCCAAGUUUUGUUGCCAGGAUAUUUGGUCAUGCCCUUGAAGACUCGCACUCAAAGUCUUCCCUUGUCCAUUCGUUGUCUGUCUGCAUCUCUCUGCUGGAUCCAAGAAGAUCAAUUCCAUCAUCUAUGACGUAUUCUUUCCGGAACCAGCAGGUUUAUGAGUCUUCCGUGCAUGUCAAUCCUGACACUAUCGAUGCAAUGCUUCCUAAACUUGGUGGUUUGCUUGAGCUGUUGAAUGUGUCAUCUGAUGAGAAGGUUCUGCCAACAACAUAUGGAGAACUCAGGCCACCUCUAGGAAAGCAUCGGUUAAAGAUAGUGGAAUUCAUUUCUGUGCUACUGAAGACUGGUAAUGAAGUUGCAGAGAAAGAAUUGGUCAGCUCUGGGACAAUUGAGAGGGUCCUGAAUCUCUUUUUUGAAUACCCCUACAACAAUGCAUUACAUCAUCAUGUGGAGAGUAUAAUAUACUCAUGCUUAGAAAGUAAGCACAAUACUAUCGUUGACCAUCUUUUCGAAGAGUGCAAUUUGAUUGGGAAAAUUAUUCAAACGGAUAAACAGCCUACAGUUUCUGGUGAUGGAAAUCAGCCAACCGUACCAGCUACUGGAAAACAAGCACCCCGAGUGGGUAACAUAGGGCAUAUAACUAGGAUUUCUAACAAACUCAUUCAGUUGGGAAACAACAACAACUGCAUUCGAGCACAUCUUGAGAAGAAUAUGGAGUUCAGUGAUUGGCAUACUACUAUCUUACAAGAGCGUAAUACAUUAGAAAAUGUCUACCGCUGGGCUUGUGGCCGACCAACUGCCUUGCACGACAGAACAAGGGAGAGUGAUGAGGAAGAUGUUCAUGACCGAGAUUAUGAUGUAGCAGCUUUAGCGAAUAAUCUGAGUCAAGCAUUCCGCUACACCAUAUAUGAUAAUGAUGAUGCUGAAGAGGGGCGUGGGGCUCUUGAUCGAGAUGAUGAGGAUGUUUACUUUGAUGACGAGUCUGCUGAAGUUGUGAUAUCAUCCUUGAGGUUGGCAGAUGAUCAGGGAAGCAGUUUGUUCACAAAUUCAAACUGGUUUGCAUUCCAAGAUGAUAGAAUUGGUGAUGUUUCUAUGAGCACCUCACCUGCUGAUGUGAUGGAGGAUAUUAACCUUAAUGGAAUGUCAAAUAGUAGCAACAGCAAUAGUGAUGAUGAAGUGGUAGUCGGAGAGGAGGAUGAAUUGGUUGAGAGCAAAACUUCUAAUGCAACGCCCAGCUCUAGUUCUAACCCCUUCAAUGGGUUCACCAUAGCCAAUUCUAGUAACAAUGGAGGCUUCAAUCCAGAGAAUUCAAAAGCAGGUGCCGCAACUGACCUGACGUUCGAUACGUCAGGGAGUGAUGACCCCUUUGGAGACAGAUCUAUGCCUGAAUGGGUAGCAUGGGGGGACGCUCCAAAUUUUCAAGUUGGUGGAUCCAAUGUCAACCCAUUUUUAGACCAUAGUAACUCCGAGGACCAACUUGCCAACCCUGGUGAGAUAGGAGCUCCACCAGCUAGUUCCACUACUAGUUGUAGUGGAGAAUCUAUUCCAAAUGGUAUAUCAUCUCCUGAUUCUAGCAAAAGUUCAGGAUCUGAUUCUAGUCAGAAAGCAACCACCGUUCCUUCUUUGUUUGAAGAGGAUGUUGAAUUUGUUGGCGUGGAAUUGGAGGGUACCGAGAAGGCAAUGGAACAUGCUCUUAAAGAGGGGAUUGUCGGCGAAGCCGCUCCAUUGAAAAGGAGCAUUGUUCCUAAGGUACCAGAAAAGGAAACCACAGAUGAUGGUGGGGCAGGAACAAAAGAGUACAACGAUGCAAACUACUGGAGAGUCGACCAAGAAGUUGCAGUGUCGGAAUAGCUGUGGAGAUCUAUUGAUUGGUUAUUUGAACCUAGAAUUCGUGGAGCUAAUAGCCAGAAUCCCCAACUAUCAAUUGGUGAGUUUAUUCAGCACAGAUGUGUACAGUGUACUUUGGUUACAAAUUGGGAUCAAACAAUAGGGCUAAUAUAAGGUUUGUCACCAGUUAAUUAUUGUUAACUCUUCUUGAUGUUUAUUAUUCAGAUCAUGUUUUCAUUGUAAAAAAAUUUUGGUUUCUUCUCGUCUGACUUUGUCAUCUUUCUGUAGUUGUAUGGAUUCUGGAGUAAUCUCAGUUCUCCAUUCCUUUAAGAACAGGCGUAAGGGCUGCUUUGUUGAGACAAUGUAAACUCUACUUUCUCUGUCUUGA